CAAUGGGAUUAGAGAAUCAGUAAAGAGCCUGAAUCCCUAACACAUGCAGUUGAUCUCCUUGCACGCCGAGAGACAAGCGCGGUAGCUGUUUCUUUAUCUUUAUUUUAACCUGAAAGCAGUUUUUUAAAGGACAAUAUUCAGCGUAAAUGGAGAUCUUGUGGAAUACUGUUGUUGUUUUUGUUGUUUUUCCCUGACUUGAUUGGCACACAACGUUUUUUUUUUUUAUUGGUUUGUCUUCUGACGAGCUCUCACAAUGGCAAAUGUAAUGCCAAAGUUGAAAGUGCUGAAAAAGCGUCGCUCCAGUCUUUUUUCAACCAUAAAACGGGAGAUAAGUUUUUCACAAAGCAUUGAAGAACAGGAAUUCCCCUUUUCACAGGACAGCUCUGUGAAAGCAUGGACAUCUAUGGACAACCUUGAUGCACCUGGUGAGAAAAAAAGUGCAACAAAAGAUCAGAAAAAACCUGCAUCAAACCCAAGGAAAUCAAACAUUGUUAAACUCAACGUAGGUGGAAAGUUGUUUCACAUCCCAAAGCAUUUGGUCCUCAAACACCCAAAAACCAGGAUUGGAGUCCUAGUCCUCUGUAAUGAUCCGGCCAAGCGGCUGACGCUCUGUGACGAUUACAAUGUUCAGAACGACGAAUUCUUUUUUGACAGGGACCCCCUGUUUUUCCACUACAUCUUCCACUUUUAUUGCAGUAAUGUCCUGUGGGUGAUGGAUAGUCUCUGCCCUGUCAAUUUUGAGGAAGAGAUGCAAUUCUGGAUGUUGAAGCUGAAGGACACUCCAAGGUGCUGCCGCAUUCUGUUUGAGGAGAAAGUGGAUGACAUCAGAGACCAACUGAAGGUGAACCAGGAGUUGAUUGAUGAGAUUAAGCCUCACGAGGAUAGCGAUGGAUACAAGAAUAUGUUUCUUGGAAGCUUUCGGAAGAUCCUCUGGGACUUGAUGGAGAAUCCUUACUCCUCACUGUCAGCCAAAGCCUUUGCUGUGUUUUCCAGUCUCUUUGUGCUUAUCUCUAUUGUUGCCAUGACAAUGAACACAGUAAAUGAGCUCAGGCAGUACAAACUUGGUGACAAAACCUACAUGGAGUGGAUAGAGGUAUCUUCCAUCCUUUUCUUCGCAUUGGAGUACUUUUUGCGGUUACUCACCACAUCCAACAUCAGACAUUUUUUGAAGAGUGCUCUCAACUUUGUGGAUGUGGUGGCUGUUAUGCCAUACUUCCUGCAGAUCAUUUUUGAGACAUUUGUUAUGGAUUCAGAAGACAUAGGUGCAAAGGAAGAUUUGAAGACCAUGGCAAGGGUCAGUAAAGUCAGCAAGGUGCUGAAGGUUGUCAAGUUGAUGCGCAUCUUCCGUAUCUUGAAGCUUGCCCGUCACUCCACAGGCAUGAGGGCGUUUGGUUUCACCAUCCGACAGUGCUCUGAGCAGGUGUGCUGUCUGUUUCUGUUCAUUGCCAUGGGCAUCUUCACCUUCUCUGCUCUGAUGCACUCUGUGGAGGUGGAUCAGCCUGGGACACCAUUCAGCAGCAUACCAGAUGCCUGGUGGUGGGCUGCGGUGAGCAUCUCUACUGUGGGCUAUGGCGAUGUCGUACCUAUCUCCUAUCUCGGCCGCUGUGUGGCGUUUGGCUGCAUCUCUUUUGGUAUCAUCCUCAAUGGCAUGCCCAUCUCCAUCCUGUUCAACAAGUUUUCCGACUAUUACGCCAAACUGAAGGAACAGGAAUACACAAUUUCAAACACAGAGCGCACCUUCCAGCUGAAGAAACGUAUGAGGCGCAAGUUUGACAAAUGCUUCACACCCCAGCCAGAGGAGUCUGAUGACGACAUACACUAUCGGCCCUGUGUUAGUCAAACUAUCCAUCAGAGGGAGGAUUUAGCUGCCCACUAGUUGCGACCUCGCUCACCCUAAAUGGCCUUAUCACUCAUGGGUCCAGAAAUUGUAAGACCCCAUCUGCCUCCAACUCUGAGCCUAUGUGAUUUAAGAUAAACAAUCUAGGGGAGGGGGAAUGGGGGCAGAAGCAAGUUGAGAUAAGCUUAAAGCCUCAGCUUUACAGUAAGUGUUGUUUGCACGCUAUGGGCUAUCUGUCAAAUGGACAAGAUGCUUCCGCUGGACAGCUUGUUGUCUGUUUCCAAGAAUAGCACCUAAGCUCGGAAACGUAUUCCAGCUAAACUGAAAUAGAUGUUUGACACAAAGAGGUCAAGUUGUAUCAAUAUUAAUGGGAGUGUGAUACUUGUGAAGAACUCUUCUCAUUGGAAAUGCUGUUAAUGAACUAUUGUGGACAACAACAUGGUCUCUUACAUUUAACUUUACAUUCUUAAUACUUCGCACAACAGACAGUAUAACUUUGAUUUGAAUGGCAAUGACAAUUAUUUAAAUACCAACCGGUUCAAAUUAUGUAGUCAUUGUCUUCCACUUUUUAGACUAUACAUUGUAGAAAAUACAAGUCAUCCCCUGUGCAAAGCUCUUCCAUGUGCCAUGCUUUAUGUGUCGGCAAAAUGGUAUUCUCUGUCCAGUCACUCUUGAUGGCACCUAAAUGGGAAGAGAGGUUCAGUAUGUGGGGUGUCAAUAGCCAUCAAGAGCAUGAGUGUAAUUUUGUCGUCAAGGAUUGCUGGGAUUUGCACUUGCGCCUCCUGUCUGGUCACUCAAGGGCAAAAGUCGGAAACAUUAGAUCCGCUGUUUCUCAAGCUAGUUACUCGGGCAAUGGUGCAUAUAAACGUUGUCCAACAUGUCGGUAUGUGACAAGAUUACAGCAAAAAGGAUUUACUGAGCUAAGAACAGUUUCUUGGCCUGUAGAUGGAAGGAUCAAGCAUGACCCUUUCCUGUAGUCAAACCCUUCCUGUUUCCGGCUGGCUGUGUUAGCUCAUCUAAGAUCAUUAAACAAAUUCCUGUCCUGGGUACUAUAGAGCUCAGUCAUAGUCAGCAAAUGUAUUAUCUCAUCCAGACAUAUUUAAAGGUGCAGUAGGUAAGACUUAUAAAACUAACUUUCUGUCAUAUUUGCUGAAACUGACCCUAUGUUCCAGUGGAACUACAUGAAGCAGGUAAA